AUGGAGGUGAAGCCACCAAAGGAGCUUGACGUGGUCGCCACCAGAGAAAAGCCCAAGCCGCUCACGAUCAGCAUCAGCCCCGAGGCCGCCGAGCACGUGAGGCACUUCGCCAAGAUGUCGGGGAAGACCGACUCUCACCUGCGCGUCGGAGUCAAGGGAGGAGGCUGCUCGGGGCUUACCUACGUGCUCGAUCUCGUCGACGAGUUCCCCGAGGACGACAAGAUAGUCGAGGAGUACGGCCUGAAGCUCGGCAUCGACCGCAAGUCCUACGUUUUCCUCGCCGGCACGAUCCUUGAAUACUCCGGCGGCCUAAACGGCAAGGGCUUUGUCUUCAACAACCCGAAACGCGAGGACCAGCUGCGGCUGCGGCACCUCUUUCGGGGUCUGACGGGCGGCUCCUGGCAGCCGACGACCAUCUCCGGCAGUACGAUGCCCUUACGAAGGGCGUCGCCCUCGUAG